AUGUCUACGUUGAACCUCUCUUCUUCUGAUUCGAGAGUAAUUUCUUACUCUCUGUUUGUCUUCCAAGUAUUUGAUGCUGUGAUAGUUUUAAUAUCAUUUUUAGUUGAUUUGAUAUUUCUAAAUCGUCUGCCUAAUUAUGAAAUCCAGGAUUUUGUUUUUAUUCUCGCCUUUUUAUUACCAUGGAGAGUGAUGAGAGUUGUAAAUAGUUUGGUUGUAGCAGUAAAGGACCACGAACAUUUCAGAUUAAAACUGGUUUAUAGCAGGAAAAAGAAAAUACAGAAUAGCUUGAAGGAAUCCGAGAUUAAACUUCAAGUUUUUAAGUUACAAUGUAACGCACUACGUAAACUAUGCAUAUCAGAAGGUGUAGAUGAAUGGAAAGUUGAACAAUUAUUAAAGAUUGAUGAAUACACCGUCAAUAAAAGUGGUAAAAGUAAAUAUAAAAUAAAAAUAGACAAUACUUCUGUGAUGCUAAUCAAUGAUAAAAACGAUAUCCCUCGUUUUUCUCCUCGUCCCUCAUUACAUAACAUACUGGAUAUUCGAGGACGUAGCGGACUAGUCCCUUGUAUCGAGGAAGACGAACCCAAUGGCUUUCAGAAUUUCAAGAAAAAGCCAGAUCCUAAUAAACUCAGUCCAGGAAAAGCAUCAAUAUCCUCAAAUCAUAGCAAAUAA